AUGCCCCAUUCAGCAAUAAUCUCCAGGAAGUGAAAGAUGCUUAUGAAACACCUAUCCUGGUAGAACAACUGAACUAAAAGCCUACUGAGCAGAAGGAACAGAAGACCAGGUUCAGAAUGCCGGAUAAAUAUUGGUAGAUACUGGUACAUUCACCCUGGUAAGUUUCAGCUUUAUUCAGAAGACAGUGGCACACAUAUACAGGUUAGCUGGUGUCCUUUCUGAUAAGCUUCCGUAUAUCUUUCACUGCACAGGAAUAAAAACAUGCGAACAACAGGUGUGUUGAGGAUCAUUGUGGUGCUGUUUACCUUAGCUGCAACUUGGCUUUUUGCCAGCACCUUUUUGAAGAACACAAGCAUGCAUUCAAUCAAUUUGAAGACAUGGCUGAGGUCCAACACUGAAUUAAAUAAAAAAACACCAUUAACACAAAAUAAGUGCAAUAACAAAAAACGAUGUCCUGGACAUACUUUUUCAUUCAAAAUCAUCAGUGGUGCAGCAAAUGUGGUCGGUCCUUCCAUAUGCUUUGAUGGCAAUAUACUAAUGAGCAAUGUGAAAAAUAACGUCGGACGAGGUUUGAACAUAGCACUUAUUAAUGGAAUCACGGGACAAGUCAUCAAAAUAGAUAGCUUUGACAUGUAUUCUGGAGAUAUUAAGAAUUUGCUGGAUUUUAUGAAAGGAAUUAGCAAAGGCACCCUUGUGCUCCUUGCCUCUUAUGAUGACCCAGCAACAAAGCUAAAUGAUGAAGCCCGGAAGUUAUUUUCUGACUUAGGAAGCAAAUAUGCUUCCCAGGUGGGUUUUCGAGACAACUGGAUAUUCCUUGGUGGGAGUGGACUCAAAAGCAAAAGUCCAUUUGAACAGUAUUUGAAAAACAAUCAGGAGACAAACAAGUAUGAUGGAUGGCCCGAACUUCUGGAAAUGGAGGGCUGCGUCCCUAAAAAGAUAGAUUAGCAUAAAAUGAAUUUUGGCAUAAGAAUGAACUGUACUCUUAUCAAAAGAUUUUUUUUUUUUACUUUGCCUAACAAUCUGGGAUAGUGAAUUUGAAAUGAGUCCGUCUUCAAUCCUUGAGGUUUUGAACUCAAGAGUUCACAUCAACCUUCUGGUCUCAAAUAAAAAGGUCAGUUUAUCUAUGUGUAGGAUCCUUUUCACUACUAUUCUGACAUAUAAGUGAGGAGUUCUGAUGAACUACAGGCCUAUACUUCCAGCUGAACUAAUGCUUUGGGAAGUCCUAUGAUCAUUCUAGACCUCACAAAUACAAGAGCAAAUCCUUCAAAAAGAGCUUUUAGAGGUGAAGAUAUCUGUAACAUAGGACAAAGAUGGACACUGUUUCAUUCUUGGGAGCCAUAUUUAAUAUUUCAGCUAAAGCAAAGACUGGCAAGCUCAAGAAUUUGGGAGUGGAUAUUGAGAUUGGACACAGCACAGUUUUCGGAUUUAUCUUUGGUUUGUGUUACAUUGUUUAAAUUCUGUUUUAAUCGUCCAUUGCAGUUUUGUUGUAUUUUUGUGCUUCAAAAUAGCGUGAAACCUAGAUGCCAAUUUUGAGUACACCAUCCUGGCCACCAAAACAAUCAAGAUUAUAAUGAAAUUAAGACUUGCUGUUCGUGUAAAUGCAACCACUUGCUUUGAAAUUGACUUGGAUGAACAUCUGGGAGUAUCUAAUUGAUGAAGACCUACUGAAUUAAAUUGCAAACUAGCGGUAUGAUACAAAUGACAUCUUUCAUAUUCAUGUAUGACAUUUGGCAUGAUGGCAUAAUUAGGAAAAUAAUAUCAUUAUAUGAAUAAGUACAUUGAUGCAAAUCAUGUCAAUUAUAUAAUUUGUAUAAUGAUAUCAUUAUGGUGUGUGUGUAUAAAACAGUAUGGAAAUUUGGUCUAUUAUAUGUAAAACCUGUUGAAUCAAGAUUUGAUAAAGCAGAGUUUCACUGGGGUUUUUUAAAGUAGAAUCCCAAAACCUUCAUAGUACCCAAAUAUCACAUCACAUAUCCCAUUUUUUUUAAACUGUCAAGUAUUCCAAAAAUACAUUAUGUAUCCUGGGAUGAUUUCCUUUGGAAAACAUUCUGAGACUUCUCAGGAAACAACAACUGAAUGAAAAACUGCUGGUGACCUUCUACCACUGCACCAUAGAGAGUAUCUUAACUUACUGCACCUCUGUAUGAUUUGCCAAUUGCACAGGGGCAGAUAG